AUGUUGACUGUUGAUUACAUGGCACAUAUGUGGUAGCCACGUAUAUAACACGUCAGCUGCAAUUUCAGGUUGUUAUUUUCAAAUUAAAAUUAACAAUUAAAAUACAAAAUACAUAAUAAAAAAUAAAAAUUUUAACAAUUGAAAUUAACAAUUAAAAUUAUUUUCAGCCACAUAUCCUCAUCUCUCCAUCCCGUCAAUUUGCCCCUUCCAUUUUCCGCUUUCUUGUUUCGUUUUCCUCUCGGAUCUAGCCUGAUUUCGAAACCCUAGAUUGUGAGGAGGCGGCUCUUAGAUAUGCUCCGCCGGAAUGUGAGUGUGAUGUAGAUCUGGUGUUGGGUUUCCAUUUUAAGGGGGUUUCCCGUCCUUCUUCUUCUUCCCCUUUGAUGAACUGAACCCCCCAACCCAAUCGGCGCCACUGCUGGACAUGACGCCCUGUGAAGAAGCCGAUGGAUGCAGAGGAGAAAGAAAAGCCUCGCCCUCUACUCGCCGUUUCUUGGAAUCCGUCCACCCAGAAUCAAUUCCCCUACCUCUCUUUCCUCUCUCGUUACCUUGGUAAUAUCAAUUCAAUCGAUUUCCCCUGCCUUCACAAGAUCAAGAUAUCCCCUGGUCACGUCCCUAUUAUCCCCCCUUACGAUUUAAGGAGAGAGACUGCGUGAAAACACAGUCCUGUGGCGUCAAUUCUCUUUCUCUCUCUCCCUAAUUGCGAUUUUGCCAACACUCUAAGAAAUGGCAGCCGGUGGCGUCGUGUUCAUUUGCUGCUGCAGGGAGCUGAGGAGCGGGUUCCCGGAGCACCUGUGCGCGGGACUACGGGAAGCCGGACUGACAGCGGUGAUGGGCGGAGGAGAUCUGCCCAAAGGGGUGAACAUGAGGGACGCGAUCCGGUGGGCAAUCGAAGAUUCGAGCUUCUCCGUCGUGAUUCUCAGCCGCGAAUUUGCUUCCUCACAGUUCCGCCUCGACAAGGUCGUCCAUAUCAAGGAGUAGCACGCUGCGGGUAUCGAGCUUCUUGUCGCCGGAGGAAGAUGUGGGUUAAUCCAGCUUGGGAUUGAAGAAGAGAACGAUUAAUUGUGUCCCAAAAAAUAAUCCACAAAUCAUAUAUGUUUUUGUUUUUUAUUUUGUAAUUUUAUUUUUUUAUAUGAAAAAUAAUUAUAAAUUAAUAAUAAAAGUUCCACGUCAAAUGCCACAUAAGCGCUAACUAGACUUUUUGUUAAAAACUAACGGUCAACGCUAAUCAACUCUAACAAAAAAAUAGUUUAGGA